AUGGAAUGUAAACAGCUGAGAGAACACUUCGCUUCUGCUGCCCGGCAUCAGGCAAAGGCCAACGAAGCCGCCCAACCCGAGAGUGGCACAACCCCGUACGUUGCAUCUUCUGACUUUCUAGCUGUGUUCUUCAUCCAGCUAAGUGCUAGAAGAACAAACUUGCAAUGUGAAGAUGACACUAUGCUGAAGGCUAUCAAGAUCCUGUCAUUCCUGGAGAUUGACUAUAACAUGGCUACGGGGCCAACAGAGGUCACACAGUCACCUGAAACAGGAGAAACAGUUGGAGAGUGUACAGGAAAGAAAAAAUCCAAAUUUCAGACUUUCAAGAACUUCUUUGCCAAGAAGAAAAGGAAAGAGCCUCCACCUCCCAGGGGGGAGAGUAAUUUAAAACCUAGCCAGUCCAUCAGCGAUGUCAGCAUCUCUGUGCUCGACACUACUGCACUUCAUUCACCGAAGGAGGCUGGGCCCAAAGGAAGCAUGGGAAACAAAGCCUUGUCCCAUGACAGUGUCUUCAUUUUUGAGUCUGCACCAGGAAGUGUGGCAGGUGACGUUUUGUCUCAGGAAAACAUACCCGGAAGAGUGAAAACUUUGCAGCUUCAGUUGCAGCAGAACAUCAGACUUGGAUCGCCUUCUCUUGUUAUAACUGGAAAGAAACUGGAAGAUGCAGGUGCUAUUUCUGAAGAUGAUGGUUUACCUAGAAGCCCUCCUGAAAUGUCAACUCUUCAUGAAGUUCUGACAGAUUCACCAAGCAAGUCUUCCAACCCUGUUCAGCGUCAUAGCUCUUUGAGUUUAGGCGGGACUGACAGUGAAGAUGAACAGGCCAUCAGUCCUUCAACCUCUACCACUCUGGGGGCGCCCAGCUCACGAGGCAGCAGCUUCCUUCCCAUUGACUUCACCUUCCCUGCCAGUCCCCUUGGCUGCCUGGACACCUCAGCAGCCAGGCACAGGAUUGCCAUAAACCCCCGGAAACAGAAAGGCUUUACCAACAAGAAUCAGCAACCCACCCAGGUGGAACAGCUGGAAAAUGAAGCAUGUCUUCCUGCAACUCCAGAAAAGAAGGGAAAUUCAACAGAAUUACUUGAAAGUGACCAGCACCAAAGUGAUUGGGAAGGACUAUCAGCCCAGGUGAGACAUUGUGCAAACGGAGACAGUUCUAAUGAGACACCAGGUGUAAAAAAUCCCACUGAUGGUGUCCGUGACUCUUGUGACUCCACACUUGUGCCAGAAAACUCUUGUGCUUUGCUGCAAGAGGAUGCAUGCCUUCCAGACAUGGACCAUCACUAUGAAGCAGCUGCACCCCUUCUGAGACCUGAGCCUUCCGCAGUGCACCUGGAGGAACACCACAGUGCAAAAGUGUCGUACUGUUCAGAUGAGUCUGCUGAUGAAUUGAAAUUACAUCAGCAAAACAACAAUACUGAAGUAUCUGCACUUCCAAAAUUGGAGCAAAUUGAAAGAGAAGCUGUUGUGUUUCCAGGCAUACUAGCAGCUGGCUUGUUUAGCAAUGGUGUGGAAACAGAGGGCAUAGAUAUAUUGGCAGGUGUUGCACAAAGGUUGUCAGUAAAUUCUGCGGACCCAAACAUCAAAGACCAGGACAAGGGGGAUCCACUGUUUAUUGGCAAAGUAGAAGCUUGCUUGGGUACUAUUGAGAGUCAUUCUAACUGCACUGUCUCAGAUACUGCACCAAGCACUUCGCAGUUUGUGGUAGCCGAUUCAGAGUCUUCUGAUAUCAAGACAGUUGCUGUUUUGAAGCCUGAAAACAGUUCAGUAACAAGAAAUGACAAAGAAACUUGUGAAAUAAUGGAACUUCAGUCAUCCAGAGGCAAUGCAGAAAAAAAAUUAGACACUGCUGCAUCUGUCUCAGAAGCAGGUUGCACGCUACCUCCCAGUAAACUGGAAGUAUGUUUUAAAGCAGAAACUGUUUCUGUUUCGAAGGGUAACGAAGGCAGUCAACAGGCCAACACGUCACACAUUUCUGAAAAACUUUCCAUUGGAUAUCUUGCCUCUUCAAGUUUGGCUGGCUUGAAGACUAAUAUCUCUUCUGAUAAUGACGGUAAGGACUACCAGAUAAGUAGUACAGCUUCUCACAGAAAAACAGUGGAAGACAGUCGAUCUUCAGAUGAAAAUGUAAAAAAUCCACUGAAGACUGCUUCUGCUAAACCAGUCAGAUUUACCAUUGCACCAGCAUGGCAAAGAUCUCUCUCAGGGGGUUCAAAUUCAAAGGAAGAUUCCUAUACCAGAAGUUCGCCAACAUCCCCUAUAAGACCAGAGUUGUUUGAGGGAAUGACAAAAGAACACACCCGUUUUGAUGCAGUCAUCCAGGAAUCGGCAAAAAAAAGCUCAGAUAGAUUUGAUCGAGAUGUUAAGGACAGUGAUUUGCAUUUGAAUUCUUGUAUGGAGUGGGCUGACCAUGAAGCACAAAACGUUGAAAGCCCAUUUGGGGUCAGACUAAGGAGAACAUCUUCUUUACUAAAAUACCAAAAUGAAAGCCAUGCUGAGUAUCCAAAGCUGAUCCCCUCAGCUGUUCCCACUGCUGCUUCUGCUUCAGUUAAAGAGGAUCAGAAAUCGGUGGGCACUGGGAAGCCCCCUCCAGGCCUUCCUGUCAGCACAAAAUCAUUUGUUAAUAAAAGAGAUCUCCUAGAAGACAAAAAUCCUCCCAAGACAAGAUCAGAAGAAGUGGCAAAGAAGCAAAACUCUGAACCAGCCUGGGUCUCCAUGGCAAAACUAAAACAAAAGGGUUUCCAGGACCACCCUCUUGCCAAAGAACAUAAAGCCGAAGACAAAGCUUUGACCAAAGUGGAUCAAGAGGAGCAAGGGAUCUGUGCUAGUGAGAACAUACUGAAGAAAAAUAUGCCUUCCAGCUUGAGCUCUCAGGACAAGAAAAUGCAAAUGAAGACCAGUGUGUCUGCUGCAGCAGAACCACCAUGGCUAUCCCUGGCCAAGAAGAAAGCCAAAGCAUGGAGUGAAAUGCCCCAGAUUGUACAAUAG